AUGGCGUUUACGAGACCCGAAUGGGUCUCACACACCGUCUCCGUGGAAGACAUGACGGCGGGUAAGAAUCAAUGGCGAAAUAUCCAGGACAUCGUCCGCGUCACCUUCAAGGAGUUCCACGACGUGCUCCGUGCCCAGGGCGACGCAAUUAAAUCUCUGGAGAGGGCGAUUGAUUCUAAGGCCGACAGGGGCGAGCUGGGGCGCGGUCUGUCCCGGUCCCAGCUGCCGGAGGUGGAGGCCGCGUUGCGUCAGCUCAAGCACAUCUCCUCGGACAUCGGACACCAGCUCGACUUGAGGGCCACCAAGGCUGACGUGCACGCGGCGUUCAAGGCGCAGGAGGAACUCAUGAGCAGGGAGCUGGCGCGCAAGGCGGACGCGGAGGAGGUGGAGCGGAAGGUGAACGAGAUGGACGCGCUCCUCGCCGAGUGCGUCGAGAGGGCCGGUGUAAGCCGCGAAGGAUUCGCGAUCGCGCCGCGGUCCAUGUCCUUUAAGCCGGGGACCGAGCGACCUAGGCUUGGCGAGGGUGGAGAGAGGAGCAUGGAGGAACUGUGGGAGGAGAUAUCGCGAAAGGCUGACGCGGAUGAUGUGGAUGCGGCGCUGCGGAGCAAGGCUGACGCCAGCUCGGUGAACAAGGCGCUGGAGAGGCUCGAGAUAUCCCAGCUCGGACUGGCGACGAAGGAGGAGGUGGCGGUGAAGAGCGACAUGAAGGACGUCUGCGCCCUGGUGGAUGUCAAGGUUGGCAUUGACGACGUCAACCAUGCGCUCGCAGAGGUGAGCCGCGAGCUGGAGCUCAAGGCUUCGGCGGAGGACCUGGAGGCUCACCUCAAGUCCCAGGCGUUGAUAAACCGCGGUCUGGUAGGGGAGAGCAGUUUGGGCCGCUGGAUCUGGAAGAGUGGGCAGGUGAACAAGGGGAACGGGGUGCCAUGGAACGUGCAGAGCGUCAACACGGACCCGGACAACUUCAGGUGGGAACGGGACAGGUCGUACAUCGUCACCGUCGCACCAGGCCUGUACGAGGUGAACUUCGGGUUCUUCGUGAGGAAGAAACCCGCGAUCCAGCUCCUCGUGAACGGCGAACCCGUGCUCGCGGCGGUCAAUUCUGCGAGCUACGUCCUGCACCACUCGUCGGGCAGGCUGACCAGCGUCGGGCGGCACCCCUCGGGCAACAUCACCGGCCUGACCCUCAUCGACUUCCUCGCGCUUCCGGCCAAGGCGAAGAUCGCCAUCACGUACAACGGCGAGCCGGGCGGCGAGGGGUUCCUUACCCUGAAGAAGCUGUGA